AUGAACUCGGUCACGCAAAAUAGGGAAGCUUUGCAACAGAAUACGGGCGGAAAUCAACUCGCGAAUGGAGCGAACGGAAGCUCAAAUUCCGAUCAACACACAAAGUCUCGCGCUCAAAAAGGAAGCCGUGACAAGGUCGACGAAGUCGAACAAUCCGACGAUGAGGCUGCGCGUGGCGUCAUCAAUCGCAACAGUGAUACUACGGAACCACGAACGCAUGAUACGACCUCGGAACGUCACUUCUCUAGCGGCAGACAUGAGGCAAGAGACUUUGGAUCCUCAAAACAAGGUCUUGGCAUCUUGGUAGAGCAUUCGCCAAGCGAUGGAAUCGACCCUCACCGGUUGUCGGUAUUGGACGUCUACGACGGCCCUGAGGCCAAGGCUGCUCUGGCUGAGUUAUCCGACGAACUACUUCAAAGGGCACCUGAAGACAAAGAAAAAGUCAUGAAAUUGUCUCCUGAGAAGAUUCAGGAGCUGACUUCUUCGCCGGAGUCAAUACCUUACCGUCCAGCAGGGCCGGAAACAAACACUGGCAGGCGAUCAGUAUCCGAUAAUGUCCAUGGGAAUGCUCCGGUGACUCGACCUGAGAUCCCGGAAUUUGUUCUUCAGCCUUUGAGCGAACGACUGUCGACUGCGGAAGUUCUGCCAAAGCUACGACCUACUAAGGAAAUAUCAAUGGGAGAUGCUUCUGCGCCUGCAGGCCCCGCUUUCACUCGAAACACCGAGAAACCUGCUCUGCGUAACAGGCCGCACCCAUCCCGAACUGUUUCUACUCCUAGCUCCUCACGGCGUCAACCGCCUUCUACGCCAGCGAACGAUCGGCUAACGCAGACAUGGGCAUCCCGUUCGAAGCCGGACGGCAUUGUCCCUGACCGCGACCCGAAGAGCCACCUCAUUGCCUCUCCUCAAAUCAUAGAAACUCCUCUGUCGUCACCUUUGCCAUCAUCCAUUCCCUUGCCUCCGAUUUCGUUACCUACUUAUCUACAACUUGAGCUUGCAUCUGGUCGACCUUCACCAUUGUACAUCCACCAUGAUACAUCAAACGACUUCCCAUACGAAUCCUCACGUGUGAAAAUUGAAAGACUCAUGAAUUUUCUUAUGCUCCCACCCAUGCUAGAGCAGGUACUCUGCUUCGGAAGUUUGGCCUGCCUUGACGCAUGGCUUUAUUCUUUCACAAUAAUGCCACUACGGUUCAUCAAGGCUAUCUACAUCUUGGUUGAGUCAUGGGUGAUGAAUCUGGGCGCUGAGAUUCAUUUCAUCUGGAAAUUCGUCAUGAACGGAAUUGGUCGAGUGUGGCGCAGACGAAAUCAUACCGUUAAGGAAGACAAGCGCGAAAGACGCGAAAGCGAAUCUGAUGCCACCCCUCGCUUGCCUCCGGGCUCUUCUGCUGGACCAGAAACGGUAGCCGCAGAAAGAGAUCCUAGACAGGCGCAGACGGACGCAUCGAGAAGGAAGAAUCGGUUUUCGGAAUCCCGUAAAAAUCAUCACCGUCGCAAGAAAUCGAUGCCUUCAGCGUUACUUCCGGAUGAUAAAGCGGAUAUUUUGACAGGUCUGCUUAUGAUAGCCACAUGCUGCGUUUUGAUGUACUUCGAUGCCAGUCGAAUGUACCAUUGGAUUCGUGGACAAGCUGCCAUCAAGCUAUAUGUGAUAUACAACGUCCUGGAAGUCAGCGAUAGGCUUCUGGCUGCUAUUGGCCAAGAUGUGCUUGAAUGUCUUUUCUCACGAGAAGCUCUUGAGCGACGUCCUGACGGGCGGAGCAAGAUCAUCCGUCCAUUUUGGCUGUUCUUAUUGGCACUGGUUUACACCGUGUCUCAUGCAACAUCACUCUUCUAUCAAGUCAUGACCUUGAAUGUUGCUGUGAACUCAUAUUCCAACGCAUUGAUCACCCUGUUGCUGUCAAACCAGUUUGUGGAAAUCAAAUCUACGGUUUUCCGCAAGUUCGAAAAGGAUAAUCUUUUCCAGCUUACCUGCGCAGACGUCGUGGAACGAUUCCAGCUCUGGCUGAUGCUCACCAUCAUCGCUUCGCGCAAUAUUGUGGAAACGGGCGCAUUCAAUUUUGUCGGAAACCUCGGGUUGGGCUCUAGUUUCACCGGCCAGUCAUCGACCGUUACUAAUAGCACACCACUAUCCACACCUCCACGAACCGCAUCGUCCAUUUUACCUCAGGCAUUCACGCUCUUCCCAUCUUCAAUUCUCUCGUCCUUCAACAGCGUCAACUCCUUCAUUCCAACCCUAGCCCAAGUCCUGGGUCCAUUCUUGGUGGUACUGGGCUCAGAGAUGCUAGUUGACUGGCUGAAACACGCCUACAUCAACAAAUUCAAUAACAACCGACCAGCCAUUUACGGCCGCUUCCUCGACGUCCUAGCAAAGGACUACUACACCAAUGCUUUUGGCGAGCAGAACCUCACCCGCCGCAUCGGUCUCCCUGUCAUCCCACUUUCCUGUCUCUUUUUCCGGGUCUCGGUCCAAACAUACCAAAUGUUCCUCGCCGCCCUCCUCCCGCAACACCCAUCUUCAACGGCAAUGGAAGCAACCUCCCUUUCCUCAAUCCACAGCCACUAUGUACCCUCUCCCAUCCCAUCGGCUCCACCCCUGACCUUCGCAACCAUUCUCCCCGUGUCAGCAGCCCAUGUCAGCGCGUUCUUCCGCACACUACUAGAGAACGCCAUUCCCUCCCCCGCGCAAUCGGUUCAUAUCUUCACCAUUGUCCUCCUCCUGACAGGCUAUAUUGUCCUGCUCAUCCUCAAACUCUUGCUAGGCAUGGUUCUUCUUGCGUUCGCGCGCUCGCGCUAUAGGAAAAUGAAAAGCUCAGAGGCCGAGAAGAGAGAGUCGCAUUCGCGCCAAUCUGGCGACAAUGGCAAUGGUGUUCCCCACGCUCGCGAGUUCGAUGUUGAGGGCAGCCAGCGCGUUGGUGGCUGGGGUGUUGUGGAGGUUGGGGAUGAGAAGCGGAGACUGAUUUAUGCAGAUGAUCUGGAUGGGCUGCGGAGGGUUAAGGAGAAAGAAGAAAAGGACAAGAAGAGUAAAGAUAAGGAGUUCAAUGUCGAUCAUGUACAGCGGUAUGAGAUGAUUGCGAAGAAGAUUUGGUGA